AUGAGCAGUCACAGCAGCAGCAGCAGGGGAAGUAGCCAACAUGCCGACACUACCCCCUGUCGGAACACGCCCGGACCCAAGCUGCAGGUUCAGCGCUCCCUUUCCCGUGAUACCAUCACCAUCCACUUUUCCGCAUUGGGCAAAGAAGAGGACGACGAGGAAGAUGAGCUUUAUGGUGUGGACAGCGGAGGGAAACCUGGGCUGGAUGGUUCAUCACGUCUUACUGAUUUUGCGCCGAAAGAGGAGCUGUUUUUUGAUUCUGUGACCACUACUGCCUCUCCAGCCAUGACAAUCAUUCCCACCUUCACCAGUCCUCAGCUUGGCUCCACUCCAACCACCAGCUCCUCCUGGCCUUCUGAACGUCCUUUAACCAAUCCUCCACCAACAAGCUCUGGCUCAUCCUCCCCUUGCAAAUCUGCUGGGAUUUCAUCCUCCAGACCUUUCCUCAGCCUGGUCAGGUCCUUGUCCAAUGACAUAGAGGCCCGUGAACCAGCCCCCCCUCCGACCACGGUUGCACCUUCGCACGCCCGCCAUAGACACUUAAUGAAAUCUUUCGUCAAGUCCCUUUCUACUGACUCGUCAAAAGGCGAGCACCAAGAAGGGUCUGUUCACCAAAUCCUCCAAGUACAGCCAUCCCAUCGGCCGCCUCCUCGCAACAUGCAGCUCUUUAAGCAGUUCUCCCAGCCUCGCCUCUCUUCCACUCCUGUCAUUGCCUGUCAGGUUGGUGGGGACUCCAAAACAGCCCCCUCAUCACCCACCAUGUCCCCUGAUGGUAGGUCCUUCUUCAAAGUUCAAGAGGUGGAAGCAAAAAUAGAAGACACAAGGCGCCGUCUCUCAGAAGUGAUGGCAGACCCCCUGCAGCUUUUUAGUAAGAUCAUGGGAGAGGAAUCUGUAACAGGCGGAGUUGGAAGUGGCCCUCAUCGAGCCAGGUUGCUGUCGUCAAGCGCUUCGGAGCUGAGUGGGAUGACAGCUGUUAACGGACACUCAGAAACUUACAAUUACAGCAUCAAAGAGGAGGAAGGAGCUGAAGGGGAAGAUGAUGAAAAAACUCCCACUGGUAGAGGACCAGACUCUGUGUUCUUCUCCUUUCCCUCACCGACACCAGCACCAACUCUCAGUCAGACUACCGCGUCAACUUUCACCAGGUCUCCGUCGCUCACUUUGGGUCGCUGCUCAAUGUCGGCCCUGGUUGCUCGUCAGGAGGAUGAGGACUUUUGUGAACUUUACAGUGAAGACUUUGAGUUGUGCACUGACACGGAGACUCCAGAUGGGGAGCACCCCGGAUCCCGGGGCCCCCACACUGGUAGCACUGGGGUGUGUAGUGAGCUGGAUAUUGAAGAAGAAAUUGAGGACGUGGAAACCGUGCCUUGGAUUGGUCUGGUUUGCCUGUCGCAGUUGAUGUACUGGUAUUUAAUCCUUCCAUUGUCACCAUACGUAUGCGCGGUGGUCCAUGGGAUUUUUGCAGGCUUUAUGUUGGCCAUUCUGGUCCUUUGGCUGUCAGCUCCACGACGGUCCUACUUGGGAACGAGGACACGAAGACGCAGGAUAGAACCUUGGAAUGUGGCCCAGCUUGAUAUCAAAGAACCAGAUAUAUUCAAGGGCUGGAUGAAUGAGAUCCACAGCUACGACCCGGAGAUGUACCACGCCACCCUGACGCACUCCGUGUACGUCCGCCUAGAAGGUUCCGUCCUGCGACUGUCGAAACCCAACCGGAACAUCUCCCGACGUGCCACUCACAAUGAGCCUAAACCUGACGUCACCUACAUCAGCCAGAAGAUCUACGACCUGACUGAUAGCAAGAUCUACCUGAUGCCACAAAGCCUAGCGAGGAAAAGAGUUUGGAAUAAGAAGUAUCCUGUAUGCAUUGAGCUGGCCAAACAGGACGACUUCAUGUCCAAGGCUCAGGGGGAGAAGGCCGAAGGUGAAGAAGAAAAACCAACAACAAUGGUGGACAACAAGGUUGAAAAAGCCGACGCAUCCACAGAGGAGCCGAAGAAGCCGAUGCCUGGAGGAGGGGAUUUGACAAUCUACCUGUUCGGGCGGACGGGCCGUGAAAAAGAGGAAUGGUUCCGGAGAUUGCUGCUUGCGUCCCAGAUGAAGUCUGAUGGGCGAGGCGGCGGUCUGCCCAAAAGUGCCUUGCAGCCCACCCCAAGCCACAGCAACCAAUCCGUCAGCAGCCAGGAAACUGAUGAAGCGUGCCACCCUCCACAUCGCCACCGGGAGAGCUCCUCAGGUUCCUCCGGUGCUGGCGUGAGGCAGAAGAUGUUUUUGGACUACAAUCUGUAUAUGGCCAAAUAUGUCAACCCCCAGCUUGAGCCCGCAAGCCCAGUCGUCACUGAAAGCCCUGGGCACAGCCCGGAAAGAAGUCCAAAAACUACCAAAAAGGUGCCCAUGAGUUCAGACCAGCUUGCUGAACCAGAAGCCUGGGUCAACGCGUUUCUGGGCAGAAUAUUCUGGGACUUCCUGGGAGAGAAAUACUGGGCCAAUGUCGUCGCCAAAAAGAUCCAAAUGAAGCUCAGUAAGAUCCGGCUGCCAUACGUAAUGAAUGAGCUCACGCUGACAGAACUUGACAUGGGUUUCUCCAUUCCCAAGAUUCUUGGUGCCUCCAAACCUUCUGUGGACCACCAAGGUUUGUGGUUUGAUUUGGAGGUCUCCUACACUGGUUCCUUCCUUAUGACCCUGGAGACCAAGAUGAACCUGGCCCGUCUGGGCAAAGAGGGCGAAGGCCUCGGCGAGCACGGGAAGGAGUGGUCAAGGCCACGCACUUACUGUCUGGCAGACAGCGACGAGGAGUCCUCCAGUGCUGGUUCCUCGGAUGAGGAGGAUCCUCCAGAACUUUUUAGUGACAAAACUGUUCUCCCUGGAAGCGAAGGCUACGUGGGAGGCCACCGGCCCAGCAAAAUCAUGCGCUUUGUGGACAAGAUCGCCAAGUCAAAGUAUUUCCAGAAGGCGACAGAGACUGAGUUCAUCAAGAAGAAGAUGGAGGAGGUGGCCAACACGCCUCUACUGCUCACAGUUGAGGUCCAGGAAUGUCGAGGGACUCUGGCUGUCAACAUCCCACCGCCACCUACAGACAGGAUAUGGUACGGUUUCCGCAGUCCACCUCACUUGGAGCUCAAAGCUCGGCCAAAGCUUGGUGAAAGGGAAGUCACUUUGGUCCACGUGACAGAUUGGAUUGAGAAGAAACUUGAGCAAGAGUUUCAGAAAAUAUUUGUCAUGCCAAACAUGGAUGACUUGUGGCUACCCAUCAUGCACUCUGCCAUGGACAUGCGUUCAAAUGCCAGCUCAAUGACCGAGUCAAACGAUGCCUUGAAGGGCCUGGAACCUGAAGAGUCUGAGGUCUCGUACAUGUGA